AUGUCAAUACCAGAUAUAGCCGCACAAAUGGUGAAAAAUGAUUCUUUGAAAUCAAGUGAAGAUAAUGCGCGUACUAUUAUUUUGGUCGGAAGUAAAUCAGUGGGAAAAUCUAAUUUGUUGCACAGCUUUCUUGACAAAACUGAAACAACAAGAGAAACAUUAGUACUAGAGUAUUCGUUUGGUAGAAAAUCUUCUCAGAAGCAAAGUAUUGACAAAACUAUUUGCCACGUCUGGGAAUAUGGCGGCAAAUUGGAAAUGUUAAAAGACGUUUUAAUGUCUAUUCCAAUUGAUGGAAAAUUCUUCUACUGCGUUAUGGUAGAUUUAAGCAAAAUUAAAGCAAUAUGGAAUACGUUGGAAACAUGCAUUAAAGCCAUCAAAGAAAAAUAUAAUGAACCGUCGGAUGAUCUCGAGUUGAUAAUUAUUGGAGGGAAAUACGACAUUUUUAAAAAUUAUGAUAGUGAAAUCAAAAAAAUAAUAUGUACAACCAUGAGGAGUGUUUCUUUGGUUUACAAAGCUAAUUUAUUAUUUUAUUCUUUAAAAGAAUCUAACUUACUCAGAAAAGCCAAGGAAAUGUUGUAUACCAUUGGGUUUGGUAAUAAUGUACCUCUCAAAGAAAAGAAUUCAAAUUAUAUGAAGCCUUUAGUAAUACCUAAGGGGUCAGAUUCAUGGGAGAGUAUCGGUGUUUCAGAGUCUACCCUGGAACAUAUAAAAGCACGCCAUUUAUCUCGUAUUAGUUCAGAAACAGAAAUAAAAGCAGAAGUAAAAACCAUUCAACGUAGCCACCCAGAACCUAUAUUGGACUCCUUAGCAGCCCUUAAAUACGAAGAAUUAAGAAACAUGGAAUCAUAUGACUCUUCCAUCGAUGAUUACUUAAUUUUAUUACGAUAA